AGUGAACUUGCGCCUCAACCUAUCGAAAACGAAAGUCUGGAUACCUUCGGCCGGCCAUGGCGUCCAUCACCCUGUCCUACGGCGCAUGGGCCUUGCCCAGGUCUUCGACAAUUUGGAGUUGAUGGGUGGCGCUUUGGAUGGGCAGCAUGCGGCCUCAAUCGGCUCCUCGUCGGUGCCUGCGGCAUCCGCGAAGCGGCUGGGGCAGGCCGAGGAAUUGGCCGCCACGCUCCAGACCAUGCUCCGCACUCCCCUCACGCAGCCUGUCCACCGCACCGUGUGGACCCUACUCGACAAGGUCUUGAACAAAGCCCUGGACUACGACGCCCGCAUUCUUCACCCGGAGUCCUUCUCCACCCUAGCGGAGCGAUUAGACCAUGCUGUUCUGGCCACGUCUUGUGGGGUUACGCGUACUGCGAGUUUCACGGCACAGCAGGUUGGCUGCUUGAGGCUGUCGGCACGGCGCGGGGGUUGUGACCUCACCAGCGCAAGGACCAAGGGCCUGUUUGUCCAUCUCGCUGCUGCUUCCCAGUACCUGCCUGCCGUCGCGCAGAAGCUGGCCGCACUGGGGUACGAGCAGAGCUGCGUCGAGGGUGCGAUCGACCUUGCUGGCGUUGACCACUGUUUAUCCGCGCUGGAGCGCCAUUCCGUGCACGUCCGCCACGACGGGGGUAUCGUCACUGGAGCCCCGCCUUCUUCACGCUUAGCGCCUUCGGCACUGCUUUGGGGGCAGGCUCGGAAGAUCCACAGUCCAUUAUUAGACGCAUUGGAGUCCUUCUCGGAGCAGGCCCUCCGGGACAGCUUCUCCGGGUCAAAGCGGGAUCUGGCCCGCCUCUGGAGUUGCUCCGGGCCCGUGUCGAGCCGCUGGUUAACGGAGUUUCCGGCGUCGUGGUGGCCGGCGGUACUUGACGACAAGUUCACGAUGGCCCUGAAAUUCAGGCUCGGUCUCCCGGUGUAUCCGGCUGGUCUGCAGUGCGCCCACGCCCAGUCCAAGGACCCGUUUGCAGUAUGUGGGAAGGCCCUGGAUAUCUCUGGGGACCACGCAGUGUGCUGCAACGUCGGGCCGUACACGUCGAUCCGGCACAGCGCCUUGAACGGCAUCCUGGCGCAGGCCGGGCGCGACGCUGGCCACGCGGUCCUGCUCGAGCAGGUGGUCCCCGAGCUCGGCUUCAAGAAGUCCCGCCGGGGCGGCACCGAGGUGUGGGUUGAAGCAGUCUGAGACGUCGAAUUGUUCGGCCACCCCACGGCGCCGGAUCGUCUAUUAGACGGCACUGUCCGGCGCCCCGCUGCACAACACAUCCUGGACACUGCCGCCGUUACUCCGGGCGCGGCGGCGGAGGAGGGCGCGAAGUGCAAAGAGGCUCGCUACAGGCCAUCUGCUGGCAAAUCUGUUUUGCCCUGCGCCAUGGAGACGUGGGGCCGCAUCGACGACGGGCUCGACGAUCUCCUGGGCGAGAUGGCUGUUCUGGCAGCGCACAGGCAGCGGGAUCGCAGCAUUAUCCCCGCGCGGUGGCGAGCGAAGUGGCGCACUUUGCUCAGCAUCAGCGCCGCCAUGGCCAUCGGCCGGGCUCUGCUGGACGCGGCGCCCGCGCAGUGCCGGCCCUGCGGCCCCGCGCGGAGCAGGGCGGCGGGCCGGGGGCCAGGCGGCGGCGGCGGGUAGCCUGCUCCAUCUUCCUUAUUUGUGCAUGUGCUUUGUUGGAUUCGUGGUGGAAUUGCGAGAGAGG